UCUAUGAUAAGUGUGACGGUGUGACAUUUUUGACACUUUCAGCACCCGAAGGCAGCGCCACAGCCCCGCCGCUUCGGCUGGGAGGAUACUACCAUUCCGAUUAGGGCAGCUGUUGCCAACGAUGCAAUGCCUCCUUCAUGGAAUGAACGCUGGGCAUAGGCACCGUGUAGUGCCGUGGUCUUCUUGAAGAGGCUGCACCGUCCUGGUCUUUUGUGAUUAUUCGCCACAAACAAACAGCCCCGGAGCGCAUAAGGUACCCGGUGAAGACUUGGACUCGCGGGUUUAUGGUUAGCGGAGAGAAGCUGGAGCGGAAGCUGGAACCAUGGGUUUAACAUUAAGCCUUUGAUGAACUGAAAUAAGCUGGACCCUCUUGACUCAUCCAACCCGCUCCUGCCCAUAGCGGGGGCUCCCCUUUCCCCCUCACCUUCCAGAGUUAUGGCAGGCUUUAAGCGUGGCUACGAUGGCAAGAUCGCCGGCCUGUACGACCUGGACAAGACCCUGGGCCGUGGCCACUUCGCUGUAGUCAAGCUGGCACGCCAUGUCUUCACUGGGGAGAAAGUGGCGGUGAAGGUGAUUGACAAGACUAAGCUAGACACAGUGGCGACGGGCCACCUUUUCCAGGAGGUCCGCUGCAUGAAGCUGGUGCAGCACCCCAACAUUGUGCGCCUGUAUGAAGUGAUAGAUACGCAGACGAAGCUUUAUCUCAUCCUGGAGCUUGGAGAUGGAGGAGAUAUGUUUGACUACAUUAUGAAGCAUGAGGAGGGCUUGAACGAAGAGUUGGCUAAGAAAUAUUUUGCCCAAAUUGUCCACGCUAUCUCCUACUGUCAUCGGCUGCACGUGGUGCACAGGGACUUGAAACCCGAGAACGUGGUGUUCUUUGAAAAACAAGGGCUGGUCAAGCUCACUGACUUUGGAUUCAGUAACAAGUUUCAGCCAGGAAAAAAGCUAACCACCAGCUGUGGAUCUUUGGCAUACUCAGCUCCUGAAAUACUACUGGGUGAUGAGUAUGAUGCUCCGGCUGUAGGUAUGCAAAAGAUGUUUGACUGAUGAAUGAUGGUAAAGAAAUGAAAUGAGUCACACAGCUAAUUAGAACAUUGUAUUGGUGAGUUGCAGAGGUGUGUACUAGACAGGAUGUGAAUGUUGAUGCAGCGCAUUUUUAAAAGUGUAAUGCACUCAUUAAGUUUCAGCAGUCAUUUUAUCUUCCACUGAAGAGCACCGGGCCUGUUGCCUUGAGCACUAGUUCACUAUCUUGUCCACUUUAUUAACUCCCCUAGCUCUUCCAAAAAAGGAAAGGAAAAAAAGACAAAACUAAAAACAUUGUCAGAAAACAGGCUUUUGGAAUCAAACUGCACAGAACGUCUUUUCAAAGUCACGUUAAUAGCCAGUUUUAGCACACAGCAGUGUGAUGGGUGGCAAUGUGGCUAGCACCUGUUUCACACAGUUUUGUCUCACCCUGCUGUGACACAUCGGCACUUAGUCUUUAUACGGAGCCUGAGCAUGUGUUCGCUGUUGUUGUAAGAUAACUUUAACUCAACAGUUAUGAGCCCUGGGACUGUGUAACAGAACUUGUUUUAAAUACCAAGGUGUGUGUUCCAGCACUGUGCUGCUGGGCAUGGAUCAUUUUGAGAGCUGCCGUAGGCUACAAGGUCAGCCCAACUACAGCUGAUGUCUGUGAGUGUCCCAUUGCACUGAAUUAACUGUCUCAUUGAUUUUCCUGUGAGGACUGACAGUGCAGACAGACACAUUGCGUGUCCUUCCAUGACAUAAUUAUGAUAUUUGUCAUAUCAGGUGGCUUUGCUGAGACUAAAACCAUGGGACUAAGUCCAUCUCCUGAAUUGGAUAAUGAGAUGUACUCUGUUAAGCUUGUUUUUCAGACGGUGUGGGUGUGCAUGCAGUCUUAAUCCUAAAGGAGUCUGAAAUCGGUCUCAUGAUUAUUUAUGCAUGUAGAAAGGGCUCUCAAAGGUGUUCCUUCAAGGGCAGUCAGCUAGAUGUUAAUUUGCUUUUUCUUUUUCAAAUGGAGUUCUCACAAACUUGAGAGGUGCAGUUGAGGCAAUGAGGAAGCUGUGGUUACUUUCUCAUUGAGCCGUACACACCCAUGCAAUCACAAACCACACACAUGCUCAUUUAUCCUAAGACUUUGAUAUUGUACGCGUGACUGGACAGCGUUGUACCCUCUGCUCUGUGAACAGUUUGACUGCAUGACUGCAGGGGAUAUCUGAUUAAAUGGCAGGCUUCAUGUUAUCGCUUGCUGCUGUUGGUGGCAAGCAACCAACAUGCAUCAUCCAUCAAAGUAAAGAGAAGACAAUUUACUUUUUUCUUGUUAUGAACUUCAUCUAAAGAAUGAAUUAAGGUAUAAACUAACAAUGUGGGCCCCCAAAAUUGUGGUAUGAACCAAAACCAUUGUUUGGGAGAAAUUGUUACAACCCCAGUAGUAACCAGUCUGGAAUGUUUAUCAGUUUCAUGGAGUCCUCAGUAGCAUCCCUACAAUUGUAGUAUUCAGAUUAGUCCACAAUGCCGCUCACCUUACUGUUGAGCUAGAUGGUGGGCCAGUCUGUGCUUUCUUCCAGCUGGUUGCUGUGUGAGAUAUACUUAUUGGCACACAUAGUAAUUGCAUAGGUACUACUUGUUCCUGUGUUUUCUAGCAGCAGCUCUCUCCAGUUGUUGGGUUGAUGGUUAUUCUGUGGUGGUUUGUUGUUGUUGUUUUUUUGUCGCUUUUUUUGUUUGUGUUUGUUUUGUUUUUUUAGUGUGGCCUUUGGAUCCUGUGGUCAGAGCCAUUAGCCACAUGGAUUGUUGCACUCUAAAAUAGUGGAAUGAGGAGAAAGUGCUUAUUAUUUGCACAUGUGCAGGCAAGGCUUCUGAAAGGUUUACUUAGUAUUCUAGUGGGUGUCCCUAAGUGAGCAGAGUCCUGUUCAUCUCCUUGCACAGAACCAAAAUCAUAUUAGAUUGUGUUUGUUAUGUAUAAUUCCACAGAUUAAAAAUGAUGGUCUGUAUAUAGUCUCAGUCCAGGCAGUGUAUUUCAGUCACUACCACUUGGUUGUUUCAUUACAGAGUAUUGUUUCUUACUGUUAUGGUCCAACUGAUGGCGGGGUUAAACUUUGUACUAAGAGGGUUCAGCAUUUUGUGCUCUUGGCACUCUUUAGCUGAUGAAAAGCCCUUAACCUAUGAAAGCCUUCCUGGCUACAAGCAGCCAUUAAUGAACCUUAUCAACAUAUUUACUGGCUACUGUGUGUGCACGUGUGCACAGUAGAGCUGUUUUGCUGGCUUUGGUUCCAUCGCUAAAGCUUCAGGACUGUGUCUACAGAGAGCAGCCAGAGGGGCUCUUAAUUGCAGUCCUGGUUACUGUUGCCCACUGCCAGUAGAUGGGAAGGACAGUUAAUCCAUGCUAUUGUUUGGACUGGGCCAGGAGAGGAUGAGAAAGAAGCAGGAUGCAGCUAUUUAUGCAGUCCUGUGUUGACACAGACUGACUGGCUUUGACUAGAACUCAUUCAGCUUGUUCCCACCACUGGGCCCAGGACCAUGUUUUCUCAUUAUGUUCACCAUUUUCCACUGAGAAAAAGGAUCUUCACAUCUUUUUUCUCAGGAUCAAUAUAAGAUAUCAUAAAUGGAAAUGACUAAAUGGGG